AUGAGUAAAAACUCGCGUGUCAAGGUUGUCGUCCGAAGCAAACCGACGGCCAACUUUGCUCAUGAAUUCAUGAAAAUAGAACCAGAUCAUAAGACUAUAGUGCUUCACGAUGAGAAGGCUACAGACAAUUCUUUCAUUAACAACAAGGUCCAUGAUUGGACAUUUAAUGUGGAUAAAGUACUACACAAUGCAAGCCAAGAAGCCGUUUAUGAUGAAUGUGGCAAAGACACAGUUUCAAAAGCUUUAAAUGGAUAUAACUCAACUAUUUUUGCAUAUGGACAAACUGGAGCUGGUAAGACAUUUACUAUCACUGGCACAACAGAAAACUACAAAAAUCGUGGCAUUAUACCUAGAGCUAUUGCCCAGAUCUUUCAACAUGUUAAAGAACAUACUGACACUGCCUAUAAUAUUAGCGCCUCGUAUUUAGAAAUUUAUAACGAAACAAUGUUUGACCUGCUUUCAACUUUACCGGAACAAAAGUUGUAUCAACAUGAGCAAUUACAGCCUAUGUCGGUGGUAGAGGAUCCAAACGGAUCGACUUCAGUCAAAGGUCUACGAGUACAAUGUAUUACAUCUGAAGAGGAAGCAUUAAAUUUGUUAUUUGAGGGAGAAACAAACAGAGUUAUCGCAUCUCAUGCUUUAAACAAAAGCUCAUCUCGUUCGCACUGCAUCUUUACCGUUUACAUUGAGUCACGUUCAAGAGUCGAUUCUAUGGCUAAGGUAAUAUCCUCCAAACUCCAUUUUGUUGAUUUAGCCGGUUCAGAAAGGCUUGGAAAGACAGGGUCAAGAGGAGAUACCCAAAAGGAAGCUGUCUACAUCAAUAAAUCUUUAACGUUCCUCGAACAGGUCAUCAUUGCAUUAGCGGACAAGAAAAGGGAACAUAUACCAUAUCGUCAAUCCAAACUUACCCAUGUUUUAAAGGAUUCAAUUGGUGGUAAAUGCAAUACGCUAAUGAUUGCUAAUAUUUGGGGCGAAUCAAGCCAGAUUGAGGAAACUUCUUCGACACUACGCUUUGCAGCCAGAGUUAUGUGUGUACCGAGCGAGCCAGCAUUAAAUAUCCACUACGACGCAGCGCAAUUGAUUUUGCAAUAUGAAAAAGAAAUCAAGGCAUUAAAGCUAGAAUUAGCUAUGCAUAGCACCUUAGCUAAUCGUGGAAAAAUCAGUUACGAUCCAAUAUCAGAACUUCGCUUACAAGAAAUUCGACGAGAAGUUCGUGCAUUUCUUUCUGGUCAACUAGAAACAAUUGAGAUUGAGAGUGUGCGGCAAGUUAAGGCUGUUUUCCAAGAAUUUAAAAAUCAAAUGAGGUAA